AUGUGCUGCUGCGAAGCGGAAUGGAAGAGGGAGGUGGUACCGGAUCAUAAGUUUGAUUUCGUCAAUGUUAGGGAAUUUCACAAAACAGAUAUAUGGACUAGGAUAAAGUACAUAUUCAAAUAUGUCUUCUUAUUGAAGUCCAUAGCUGUGUACGGGUUGGAUAUAUUCACAGCGUCAACUAUGAUCCUCGCUGAUCAUUGGACAAACUCUAUUGGUCAGAGGUGUGGAGAUAAUUGUGCGAUUGACGUUCAGUUCAAAAUUGCCAAAUGGGUUUUUGUAGGAUGUAUAAUAUUUUCUUUCUUACUGCUCGCAUACGAGACCUGGAAAGCCAAACAAGUCAUCGUUUCUCGUGAUAUAUCCUAUGCGUUCACUAAUCUGAUGGCGAACGAUUACUACUCUUUCCGUAAUUAUGAUAACUUCUGUUUGUUUUGUCAUAUCGAAGGUUCGACAAAGAAGAAAGAUGAUUUCGCUUUCUUCAUCUUCUUCACUUUCAAGGGUUGGAAACGACUCCUGCUCGCCGAUGGACCCCGUCAAUCCAUCAACGCCCUGGUUCUCUAUUCCUUCGCGUACGCUUAUGGAUUCCAGACAAGUGAUAUACCCGCCUACUGGGACAAUUCAGCCAUCACUGCGAUGUUGUUGUUCUCGAUGAUUGCAACAGUGUUGAUCUUUGCUGGUUCGCUGUUAUUGCUCAUCGUGGCGGCUAUCUGCUACGUUCCGUUGUUAUGCUACAUUCAAGGUAAUCUUAAGGAAUAUGUCUGUCACAAAGUCGACAAGCGAAUUUCUGAACUAAUCAAGAAGAAACAACGACAACGAAUCGCGCGAAACGCGGCACUGGAGAAGAAGAUGGCUCAAGGUGGAAUGAAGAAUUCCAAAGGUGAACUACUGGAAGAUUCAAUGCCUCAGCCUACCUUACCUCAAAUCUCGUUAGAUGAUGUAAAUGAUGAUGGUGAGAAAAUGAGAAGUAGGAAGAAUGGUUUGGGUAUGGAUGAUUCUUCGUUGAAGGGGUAUGAGUAUCCACCACCUGGGAUUAGUUCGCCUUAUGGGCCGAGUGGAUAUAGCGAUGAUUAUGGAAGUUCAUCGAAUCUAAUGGCCAACGCUGCGCCAAUAGGCAUUUCGUACCCACCACCUGUUCAAGGGUCCAUACCCACCACUCGACCAUAUUCACCUUCUUUCCCUACUUCGCGAUCCAAUUCUGAUUUUUCUCAACCCUGCUUGCCACCUUCAAGAUCUCAUUCAGAUCUCUCGCAACCUUCUUUCCCACCUUCGAGAUCACAUUCAGAUUUACAGAGGUUUGGCCCACCGCCAUCCAAUACAGGUAGCACAUCGCCAUAUGAUCAACGAUAUAUGAGGAACUCGGGUGGAUCGGCAGGAUUACCUUAUGAUCAUCCUCGAUCAAUCACUUCCCCUCAUGAUUAUACUCCCAAUGGAUACGAUCAUGCGCAGGUUUCAUAUCCUCAAGUGUUGAAUAAUAAUCAUGGGUGGUAG